AUGUCAGGUUGUAUCAUACGUGCAGACGGAUGGCAGGAAGGUCAAAAGGAACAUUUCUUAGCUGUGAAUCCGAGCGGUGAAAUUGUUUCCCUUUAUCAAACAGAUGAAAAUGCGGUAAGUGAGGACCAUUCUAUUUCAAGAAAACGAGAGCGUCCUGGAUUUGAUAAAAUUCAAUGUCUACAAUACUCAAGAAAGCACAAAGGUCUGACCGCUGUUGGACAAUUGACAGGUAGCUGCACAAUUUUUAAUAUACUACAGUCCAAUGGAAAUAUUAAAGGCGAUAAGACUGAUGAUGGCAAUUUGGAAACCUUAGGCGCUGGUCACUCUUUUACCCUUAAGCCACACCAAGCGAGAUCUUGUAAUUCUAUAUCUUUCAAUGAAAAUGGACUUAUAGCCAUGGGAUAUGACAGGGGAAGACAGGAUCACUCAAUACAGGUUUGGAAUAUUGGUACAAAUGCUGGAUCACCAGUGAAAGAGUAUAGCUUCGUGCCAAACGAGAGCGUUUCUUCUGUUUGCUUCUGCCCAGAUGAACAGAACAACCUUCUUGCUGGAAGUUACAAGCUGUUGAGGGAAUUUGAUUUUCGAAUUAAGAAACCGGUUUAUUCAUUGGCAACGAGAUGUACCCAAAGUAUUUCGGCAGAUCCUACGAAUUCUUAUGUUUUCGCCUCUUGCAGUGAAGAUGGCUCGUUAUCAAUCUGGGACCGUCGAAAAUUGACUACAGAUAGCAACAUAGAUUCUAGUUCCAAGACUAGCACUCAAUCAAAAUUUACGUCCUCGGCAUCCACUGUUCUUAACGAAUCUCCACUGCUUAGCUUUCGAAAAUUACUGGGUGAUUCUCAGAGAAAAACUGGUGGUGCUCCAUUCAAACUUUCUUCUGUAGUUCGCGGGGAGAUAAGUGCUCUAUUUGGAGGGGAUAUGAUUCGAAGAUGGAGAAUAGGCACUGUUCCAAACCUUGAAGAACUAUCUUUGGGUGAUUCUCUAUUUAUAUCUAGAGUUUCAGAUGUUAGGACGAGAUACGAGCGUGUAAUUUCUUACGAUUAUCUUCCAAGCACUCAAUGGGCUCAUGCAGUGGAAUUCGUUUGCAUGAGACAGUCUGGUAGUGUUUAUAGAAUGUCUGUUGAAGAAAGUCAGACUGCAGCUAGAUUCAGCAGUAGUAAUGCGCUUACUUUUGCUGGACCGGAGGAGAAUAUUGUGUCGGUGAUGAUUUAG